AUGGAGGCAAACGUAGCAGUCGAGCUUUUUUCAAGCGCCCCGAAAAGUGGAGUGAUUUACUCGACUUAUGUGGGAGAUGACGACAGCGUCACAGAAAACCAUCUCAAAACGCUGGUUAACUACGACAUUGAUAAAUGGAGUGAUGUGAAUCAUGCAAGUCGUACACUGGGAACGAGAUUAUACAUGGCUAAAGGAAAGAUUAAAGGGUUGACUCCUAACGUGAUAUCCUACAUCCAAAAGAGCUUCACCUACUGUGUUAACCAAAACAAGGGCCAGCCAUCCUCAUUACUCGAAGGGCUCACCUCUAUCGUACCACACGCGUUUGGCAAACACGAUAACUGCAGCAAUUCCUGGUGUGGAUACAAAAAAGACCCUGAAGGCUACAAGCACGGAAGUCUUCCAGGAGGCAAGGACCUGACGGGCGAAGAUUUACGUGCAACCUUGGAAGAAGCUAUUCGACCAUUUCUUUCUCAUGACUCCGUGAAAAAGCUGGCCCCAGCGGGCUCAUCACAGAGAAAUGAAAGUGUAAACAGUUCCAUUGGCUCGAAAGCGCCGAAAAUAAGACAUUAUGGAGGCUCGCAAAGCAGCGACUUUAGAACCGCUGCAGGAAUAGCUCAGUUUAACAAAGGGAACAGAUAUCUGACAUUAGCCACGGAAAAAAUGGGUCUGGCACAGACGCAUAUCACAGAACAGAACACCGACAAAAUUGACAAGAAAAGGAAAAGGGAUGGCGAGCGAAAGUCAACAAAAGAGUUCAAAAAGCGAGAAGAAACUCUCGAAAGAAAAAGAAUCAAAAGACCAAUUCUGCUGAGAAACGCGAGUCAGCAACGUACGAGACAGGGAUCGGCUGGCAACAGAGCGACAAAGAGAAAGCCGCCAUCACGAAUGCAACCAUGA